GUACAUCAGAAGUACUUAACUUACCGCACUUACUCAUAUAAUAAUAUUUAAUAUUCAAGUCUGGAUCUGCGUGAUAAGAAGAUGAACAGCUGUGUUGUGAAUAUCUGCAUAUUUCUGUUCCUUACAGUGCAGGGUACUCUGGGAUCAGAGCUCACCAUCAAAGUGUGGAAGAAUGCUUCUGUAACACUUGAAUGUUACAGCAGCGAGAAAUUAGUCAAGUGUUGCCCUUCAACCCCUCAGAAUUGCCCCAAGUGUACAGAUACUGCACCACUGAACCACCCCUCUGUAACUUAUAGCAGAUAUAAAUAUAAUAUGUUGUCUGGACUCAAACCCAGUGACUCGGGUCUGUAUGUAUGCUUAGGGUCACACAGAAAUCUUGGGAAGAAGUACAGGCUAAAUGUGAUUGAAGAUAAAAACCCAACUGUUGUGAUCGGGACUGUGGGACAACCCAUCAUCCUAUCAUGUUGCCCUGAGCUGGACAACAUGACUUCCUUAGGGAAUCACUGGUGCCGGUUGGCCAACGCCAGUGCGUGUCACGGCUCAUUCAGCCUGGAGAAGCGUAAUCUAACACACAACGAUACAGGGUCUUACAGAAUCACACAGACUUUUCAAAAUCAGACAAAGGUCCAUGUAGUGGAACUUCAAGUAAAAGACAAACCUGAUUUUUUGCAGGUCAGUCCUGUUCUGAUCAAGCAUGCUCAGCUUCAGAUCCAAUGCCAGUAUUCCCAGGAAUUGCAAGACUAUCAAAAAUCUUGGCUAUGUAAUUCUGCUGCAUGUCCCGAGACAGUAAGGAGUGUAGAUGACAGAUUCCAGUCUGCCCUAAUAUUGACUAUUGAUCAUGCAGCUUGCUCAAGUAUUACGUCUUUCGAAUGUGUGGCAGAGAACAAAGGACGCUAUAUAAAGUCUAAUGUUUAUAGUAGAGCCUUGCCCCGAAAUCCUGUUUUAGAUGUGGAGGUACCUUCUUAUGUGAGGUUUGACAGUAAAAAAGUGAAAGUAAACAUUUACACCCAGCUUACUCUCAUUUGUUACAAACGUGAUAGGUAUUAUGACUAUUAUGAUAGAUUUGGUCCAAAAUACGAACAUAUUUUUCGACCCCCAAUUACUUGGUGUCGACUGAGUGGUAUCUCUUACUGUCCGAAAGUUACAGAGAAUGUAGUAGAGACAAGAUUUUCACUUAACUUACAAAUAUGUGUCACUCCAAACGACGAUGGAGCAAGAUAUCGCUGCAGCGGGAAUACAGAGAUUCAAAUUGUUGUCAAUGUACCUCCUCCUCCUGCUCCUCCUCCUAGACCUCGCCCUCCUCCUCCUCCUCCUCCUACUCAUAAUCCAAAUAUUAUAAACUCAACAAGUGCAAGCAUCAUAAUAGUUGUGGUCACAGUAAUUCUUCUUAUCAUCAUUUUGUUGGUUGCUGUCUCCAAAUUCCAGGGUAAAAAUAUCAGGGAAAGGCUGUUUGCAAGGAGAACAGAGUUGACAGCAGUUGACGCCCAUGCUAAUAUGUACGCCAACUUAGUUGCCAACUAUUAUAGUAACAAUCGACGGAUAGCGCCGCUGCCUGAUAAACAGGAAGAAGGGGACGACAAGGAGGCCUCAAGUAGCUCAGAUGAUGAGUUUGAGGAGUUGCCUGUUCGCCCACAGACGUCCUCCAGCGUCAUACAAGAGGAAACAGAUUAUGUCAGGGUUAAACCUGGGAGAGCAGCCCGAGCUCAGAGCAAGACAAACAAAGCCAAGAAACAGUUUCAGGGCAGCGCUCAGAGUAGCUCAGGGUACUCUGAGGACAAAGAGGAUGAUGAUGAAGAUGAAGUCACCUACACUCAUGUGAUCAUCAAACCCAAACAGCAACCUAAGUAGCUCCAUCAGAAAAUGAACUGUGGAGUAAUGAUGAUGACGAGUUAGGUGACGAGAGUUUAAUGAACUAUUCUUUAAUUUUAUUCUUCAAUUUUUUUUUUAAUAUAUUAUUAUUAUUUGGCAUUUUUCAAGCUUUAUUAGACAGUGACAGAGAGAAUGGAAGAGGGACACAGAGACAAAGGGACUUCAGGUAGCUCUGCUGCUGUAAUUUUGCAAUCUUAUGUAACUCAUUUGUAUUGUCUGUGUGGUAUACAGUGUUACAUUUAAGGCCAUUCAAGUGUAAAAAUAUUUUUAGCUUUAUGUAUGAAAUGUGUUUCACAUGAGGUUGUCUGUUUGGUUCGGUUCUGUUGAUUUUGUGGAUCCUGCUUUAGUGUUCAGGAACUUUUAUGAUGUACUUAUUUCCUAUUUUUUGAAACAUGUGGAAUGACAGUGCCAUAAUCACAUCCUCCAGAAAUAAUAUAUGUUAUAAAAUAACAUGUUAAACUCAACAAAGACACAUUUAUU